AUGUCAGGCGCAGCGGAAGAUGCAGCUUGCGACUCGCGUACCGCGUCUGUCGGCAUUGCGCCAGCCAAAGGAGCCCAGCGAGUAGCUUCGUGGAGUGGAGGCGCUGGAAAGCAGCUGUCUGUCAACUGGAAUAAUGUGCGGAAGGGAAAAGUACGGACUGCCCUUAGACGACCCGCGUCAAAACCUGCGAACUCGACCAACUCGUUCAACAAGGUGAAUGGGGAGUACUGGCGCAGUGGGAGUGCCUCUGAAGAUGAGUCUGAGGCCGGGACUCGCGCAAAGGAUAUCAAUGCCUUAGCAAAGGGCGGCAGUGACGUGGAUAGCGAUCGUUCCACUGAUGAUUCUACCGAUCCUUCGGAUGUUGACGACAAUGACAGCUCUAUCUUGUUGAAUAUGGACCAACCAAACACAGAGAAUCUACAGCUGGACGCGCAUCUAGAACCGCAACCUGAACCGCAGUCUAUAUCCACCAACGAGGAACAACCACCAAUGCAACCUGAUACGACCAGCACGAUUGAAAUUAAAGAAGAAACUAUACCAGUGGUAAUCGAACCGCCUGCUGUUAAGAUUGAAAAUAUAGACACAGCUGCACAAACAGCCUUCUCAUCGAAGUACAGCGUGCCACCUCGGACAAUUGCGGAGUUGAACGCGGAAGAUUUUAAGAAGCAGUUAAAAUACCUGCACUACAACAGUACUGGAAACCCUGAUCCCACGACACCUGUCAGAUGUACAGACUGCUUUCGAGAAGGGCAUCUAUCUGAUAUCUGCCCCAGUAAAAAGUGCGAGCAUUGCGGUGCAUGGGAAGCCCAUGAGUCCAGAUUUUGCCCUACUUGGCGAAGGUGCCAGAAAUGCAGAGAACGAGGCCAUGACAAGGCCUCAUGUUCAGCACCUCUUCAGGGGUCUGCUGCGGAGGUUCCCUGCGAUUUAUGCGGCUCUGACCGGCACAUCGAGUCCCAGUGUGAUUUAAUGUGGAAGCAACCACAUCCCACACAUCCCUCUGGGAAGCUAUUUAUUUCGAUAUCAUGUGCGCAGUGCACCAGCUCUCAACAUCUUAUCGGAGACUGCCCGUCUGUGGGCGCUCCAUUACACUCUACGUCUUGGAGCCUAAAAGCGUUUGAUCCUUCCAUAAUCUCCAACACAAGUCUGUCAUCUACCAAUGCACCAAAUGGGAGAGCAAAUGGCGCCAUUCCACAAUUGAAAAUCAAGGGGCGUGCACAAAGGGAACCAACUCCAGAAGAGCACGAACUUCAUAUAAGAUCACGUCCUCAUCCACCUUCAGCACCUCGUUCAAACAUUAGAUUCGCCGAGGGUCUUGGACGUGGGCGGAACCUAAGCUCAAACCAAUCCCGCUCCAAUGAUGGUGGAAACGAUCGCUACACACCUCGGGAUUCUCACCGCGACUACCGCGAACGAGACCAGUACUUUGGCUCCAAUUCCCGUCCUCGUUCUCGUUCUCCAGAGUCACGGUAUGGUGGAAAUCAUCAUAGACCACCCCUCCCGCCUAGUCGUGGAAGAGGCCCACCACCGCCUUCUCGUAAUCCUGGCAGGGAUCGAGGAAGGGGUAGAGGUGGUAGCGGCGGUGGCCAGCAUGGUGGGAAAGACUCUUCAAGGCCUAUGCCUGGUCGAGGUAAGCGGAAAGGCAAUCGAAACUCUUGA